GCCAGGUGCACGAUUCUGAGCACUUGUGCCAGGUGCACGAUUCUGAGCACUUGUGCAAGGUGCACGAUUCUGAGCACUUGUGCAAGGUGCAUGAUUCUGAGCACUUGUGCAAGGUGCACGAUUCUGAGCACUUGUGCAAGGAUAAAGGCAUGUUUUUCCACGAAACAUGAACAGGGUGCUGACGCCAUACGCGGAAGAAAGCCAAUGCGUUAUGGUGUGAAGGAGCAAAACUGGGAAGAGGGGACGGGAAUUGAGACCAUGGUCAGCAUAUCCAAACCUCCUCGCCAGUCCCUGCGAUACACGAUGAUCGAAGAAGGCGGAUCACAGGAUCCCCUAACCUCUGACACGGAGGACGUUUACAAUCCAUUCAUCAUACGUUCUGCUCUCCGCGUCCAAGUCGUUCCUCAGAGAAUAUAUCACGUUCUUCGGUGUGUCUUGAUACCUUGCUACGACAGCUCGUUGUCCACGUAUCGUGAAUGCAUUGUACAGAUACAUCGGCAGGAACUUCAAGCCAGUGCACUGGGUCAACGGCGACUGCUCCCAAUUUGACCCGGUUGUACACAAAAUGGAACGUGUGAGGAGAGGACACAAGUGGCUUCACGCUCAUUCUUCCCGCCGAGCCGACUCGGGAGCGCGCUACGCAACGUACCCGGCAAGCGAAAAAAGAGCAACGGACAGUCGGCCGCCAA